AUGGAAAACUCAAAUGAAGAUGCAGAUGACUUCGUUGGAUUAGAUCAAGAUAGUUUUCAACCUCAAGAAUGGUCAAUGACAAUUUUUUCGACAAUAAAAGAUGCAUUGUAUUACUUUUCCAAACCACGUUAUAUUAAAGAGCCAUGUCCACUGCGCUCUCCUUUGACUCUCAUCGAACCUAAUCUUGGCAUCCAACGUGGAGAUGUUUUAUGUGUCAAACGAUAUACAUCACCAAUAAAGAUUUUCAACAGAGCAUACAAAAGUGAUAUAGCUUCUUCAGAGCUUUUUCUGUCGAAAUCUGUAUAG